AUGUGUUGUUUAAUCUUUACUUCUCCGAAUUCUCAUCUCGAAGUCGCUUCGUCUCCGGCGACCAGAACCCUGACUCCGGCGAAUUGGAUUCCACUUCCGGCAACUCUGCAGAACACGAUUCCAAACUGUGGUUUCACCAUGGCUACGGUUGGUGAAAGCUCUUCGACUCAGAAGGAAGGAGAAGAGAAGAAGCCUGUCAUUGUUAGGGUUAAGCGUAAAGUUGGACAGUCUCCGUUCGAUGCUUUCUGGUUGGAGAUAAACGAAAGACCAUUCAAACGGCCGUAUCUGGACUUAUCAAAGCUUUCUAUUCAAGAGAAAGAGGUUGUGAAGCCUAAGAAGGUGUUCUUGCAGCAUUUGGAGACUGUCACAGACUCUGAAACCACGAUUGACAUAAUCCACUCUUUCUUUGAGUCUGAUCUUAGUGAGGAAAGCUCCAGCAAAGGAAAGCUUGAGGAGCGGAAAUUUGCUUUCAAGAAAGACAAUAGAAAGGAACAGCGCCUGACCAAAGCUGUACAACAGCAUCAGACUGCUGCAAAGAAUGCUCGGUUUGAGCAAAUAUGGCGGUCUAGGAAGGGUAACAAGGAGGAGGGUGAUAAAGAACUUCAUGAGAAGUGUAAAUUCUUUGACAUUAUCCGUGUUGAUGCUGAAGAAAGUCCCAAAACCGCUCCAGAGUUAACGUCGUUGGAGGAGCAGAAGAUGCUGGCUAGUUUCUUGCCGCUCCUUAGAGAGUUUAUUCCGUCAGCAGCUGAAGAGCUUGAAGGGGAUAUCAGUUCUAGUCAUACCGAAGAAUACGUGUACGAUUACUACGCUGUAAACGAAGAGAUGGAUAUCUGUGAAGAUAGCUCUCAGCACCAGUUUCCUCUUGUCACAGUCGAGGAGGAAGAAGAGUUUUGUGAUGGAUCUGAUGAAUCAGACUACGACUCUGAUGAUUCUAAUGCUGAAGCUCAUCCAAGGACCGAGUAUCCAGAAGAGAUCUCUGAGGAAGAGGAAGAGGAAGAAGAAGAUGACGAUGACGAAGAAGAUGAAGAAGAGAAGAGUGAAGCCUCUGAUGAAUCAGAAGACGAGGAGAAAUCAGAAAGACAUGUGAGGAUGGUCCUUGGAGACGAGGAAGACGAGUUUUAUGGUAAUGCAGAUGAUGUGAAUUGUUCUGGAGAGAGCAGCGACGAUGAAGAGUUUGAGUACACUAAAUGGUCUUACCGGUGA